CGUGAUGGCGCGCCGCCCCCUCUUCGGAGGGAGCCGGAAGUGCGCCCGGUGAGCUAGCGCCGCGUCCGUCUGCCGGCCGCCCCCGAUCGCGUGGUGAGUCCUUCGCGCGCGCGCCGAGCGGCAGAGCGGGCGCCCGAGGGCCCCGGCACGAGCGGCCGCACCCUGAGCGGCGCCGCCAUGGACGCGGAGGGCGCGCGCAGCUGUUCUCUGGAGCAGGGUCAGGGUUUUCACUCCUUUCCAUUUCAACAAAGGAUGGCCGAAGCUCCCAACAUGGCGGUGACGAUUGACCAGCAGAUGCCAGCAGAAGCUCCUGCCCAGGAACCUGAACCUGUACCAGAGGCUCCAAAGAGAAGGAAAAGAAAAACCAGAGCAUCAGAACCCCAGGACCCCAUGGAACCCAAAAAACCUGCUGGGUCAAAAAGAUCUGGCAAGUCCACAAAGUCAAAAGAGAAGCAAGAGAAGAUUACUGAUGCGUUUAAAGUGAAGCGGAAAGUGGACCGCUUCAACGGGGUUUCUGAAGCUGAGCUGCUCACCAAGACACUGCCCGACAUCUUGACCUUCAAUCUGGACAUUGUGAUCAUUGGCAUCAACCCAGGACUGAUGGCUGCUUACAAAGGGCACCACUACCCUGGACCUGGGAACCAUUUCUGGAAGUGUCUGUUCAUGUCAGGACUGAGUGAGGUUCAGCUGAACCACAUGGAUGACCACACCUUACCUGGGAAGUACGGCAUCGGCUUCACCAACAUGGUGGAGAGGACGACACCAGGCAGCAAGGAUCUGUCCAGUAAGGAAUUCCGGGAAGGAGGACGAAUCCUAGUGCAGAAACUGCAGAAAUACCAGCCACGAAUAGCGGUGUUUAAUGGAAAAUGUAUUUAUGAAAUUUUCAGUAAGGAAGUUUUUGGAGUAAAGGUUAAGAACUUGGAAUUUGGGCUUCAACCCCACAAGAUCCCAGACACAGAAACCCUCUGCUACGUCAUGCCGUCUUCCAGUGCCAGGUGUGCCCAGUUUCCUCGCGCCCAGGACAAGGUGCACUACUACAUUAAGCUGAAGGACUUAAGAGACCAGCUGAAGGGCAUUGAACGGAACACGGACGUUCAGGAGGUGCAGUACACGUUUGACCUGCAGCUCGCACAAGAGGAUGCGAAGAAGAUGGCUAUUAAAGAAGAGAAGUAUGACCCGGGCUACGAAGCAGCGUACGGCAGUGCGUACAGCGGAAACCCGUGUGAUAGUGAACCCUGCAGCCUUCCUUCCAAUGGGCUAACCAACAGUGCGGAGCUGAGAGGAGAAGCGGCUCCCGGCAACAUUGCAAAUGGGCAGUGGAUGGCGCACCCGUGCACAGACCAGACCCCGUCGUUCAGUAACUGUGGGACACACGAGCAGGAAGGAAGCCAUGCUUGAUGGCGGCGCUUCUCAGCUCUGCCCGGUGCUGCAGUUUUAAUGCAGUCAGCAGGACCUCGAGCCUCGGUCUCCUGAAGACUUAGAAUAGUUCCUUACGCUAGGGUGUAAUUCUGUGUGGAGCAGCUGUCUGUACGGUAGAGUCAACUGUAUGAGCCUGAGUAGUUUGGAAGGAAAAAAUGGGCUGUUUUGUACCUGAGUUUUGUAUUUGAAUUACCCAUCAUUCCAGCUUUUUAUAUACUAUAUUUGAUUUAUGAAGAAACGGGUUUUCUUUGGGAAGUCAGUUUGGUGUAAUUUUAAAACGCAGCAGUCUGAAUAUUUAUAGCUGAUUCUUGACUGUGCAUACCUAUAUAUAUGCCCUUAUCCCUUUUAAAGCCUCAGAAGGGCAUGUCAGUAAGAAUCAGAGUAGGAAAAGGCAGAUGUGCUGAUGUCUACCUUAGAAGCUAACCCACCACCAGUGAGCCUGGUUAGUUUUGGGAGCUGGGGUUGGAGUCACACUCCAAAUGCUGUGUAUGGCAGUUGCUUAGUACUAGAAGCAGAGUGUAGCCUGGCCAUGGGGCCUGAGCCCUGCCUUUGGCCUCUCACUCCUGGGUGUUGGUCCUCUCAGAGGCAGAAACUGCUGAGCUGAUAGGUUCCUGAGAACACAGUAGACCUUUUACAGUUUGCCAAUCAUGUAUUUUACUGAAUUUCCCCAUCAGUGUUUAUCACUCUUCUGAUUUGUGAUAAGAAAUGAACUUUCAGGGUGAGCGACAUGGUGCUGGAGGUCUUUAAUAAUUCUUUUUAAACUGGUGCUAUGUAUGCAUGGAUUGUACUAAGAUUUUAGUCAAUAAUUUAAAAAUUACUGUCAUUUUGUUACUGCGGACUGAGUGAACCUCAUGAACAGGCCGACUUCCAGCUUGUUUCCUUUUGUAAAUGUGUUUAUCACCACCUCUACUUUAGUCCAAAGCUCUUUCUACCAUAACUCCCAGCCGUAAUCUGUGGAGUAGCUAUCCUCUGUGUGCUGUGAACCUCUGUGGUCUGUGAUGCAUUUUCCAUGGUGCUACAAAUCGUCUGGCCCAUUAGGGCUGGUGGAUAUAAAACUGCGUAUUCAGAAAUGCCUCUUGGAUCAUCCUGAUCGCUCAUGAAUAUUCUGUCUUGAUGCGUACGUACGUACCCAAGGAGCAUGCUGGUUUGUAGUAUGAAAUGUCCAUGAGCUUUUUAUUAUAUUCCACAGUCCGUCCUUCUAUAAAUAAGAGAAGCAGUUUCUUGUGAAUCAUAACAUGCCUUUUAGCUGUAGCAAUGAUGGGUUUUAUUUUUUCUUAAGUCUAGGUCAAGCUGUGUACGGGUCAUGUUAUUUAUUUUUUUCACAAAUAAAAACUUUAUUUAUGACAAUCAUAAGCAUUACACACAGCUCAGAAUCGUGACAUGGCAGAGCAGAGAACUCAGGGCUCUGUUUAGCUGCUCUCCUCUCUUCCUUGCAGCUAUAAGUCUGACAGAGGUGGUGGCCUGGACAGCUGCAGUUCUCAGUUUCUCAGACUGGUACCAGGGUCAAAUCCAGGGUCCAGUAUGUGGUACCCAAGGCUGUACGACUGAGGCACCUCCUCUGCCCUAUGGCUCUUUAUCUAACAAGUAGAAAGCGCCAAGGAAUUCUGUUUUAGAAUAUGAGAGUCAGUUGACAAUUACAUGAACUGGUCUGAACAGGCUCCUAAGCUAAGGCAUGUUUUUACCUUGAUAAAGUAGUAACCUAACCAAAUCAGAAGGUGCUUAGAUUUUCCAGACAGUGGAUGCAGGGGUGGCCUCUGUAGCCCCCCCUUUCCUGUGAACUGUAUCUCACUCACACUCCCACGCCAGGCUUCUGCUCGGGCUUGCUGCACGAGGGAACCGCUUGUGUUCAGAAAAGGACGCAGGUUGUCUCUCACAACUAGUAGGACCUUGACAUGGGAAACGUAGGCGAGAACCCCAAGGACAGGUCUCUAAAAAGCAGAGCUGGACAGGACAGUAGGUGAAAGCCGCUUUAGUUCUGAGCUUUAGGGCGAGAAUGUAUUUUCGGAGCUAUAGUACACAGAGAACAGAUUCUCCAAAUUAUGAGAAGACGAGCUUUUGACUAAAGAGGAGGUGAUGAACACAUUCACAAAAGGAAACAAGUCGGGAGUCAAGGAAUCAGCAGGAUCGCUGGGCUUUAGUCAGAACCAGGUUUCUGCGAGCUUCCAGAAUCUUUGCUUUCCUCUCCUGGCGUUCUUGUUCAUGCUUCUCGUGUUCUUCCCUGGUGUGGACAUGGCUGUAAGUAAGCUAACUCUGCACACUUCUUCAGAGAACUAUUUUCUUCAGAUUGCCCCGAGGUUUCACCUUUCCCUUGCGUGGCUUGUAGUUGAGGGGACGAGACAAGCCUGCCUGGAGAACACCGGUUUCUUACUAGAGCCUGGAGUCUGUGCUGCUUCAGCGUCAGCUUGAAUGGGGGAAUAACUGCAGAGGUAGAAUUCCUCUCUGUGGUCCAACUUAGGGGUCCCGAACACAGCCUGGCCUUUUGAAGGUGGGGUCACAUGUGGAGACUUUGUUGUUCUGAGGUUUUGCUUUUCUUGAUUCUAUAAAUAGUAGGGUCACUUCUUUCCUCAGAAUGAUCCUGGAAGUUAGGAACUCCACGGACUGUCUUGUGCCUCUUUCUUGCUUUGGUGACAUAACUGGUUCCUUCAGCUUGCUCCUCACAGUUAAUUUGUAUCUCUGUCUCAGCACAGGAGACUGCAGAAGACUGAUUCUCAGCUGAUUUUUACCUUUUUCCCCCUUGUUUCUGGAUUCAGGUUGGCUUUCAAGGCUCUUAACUUGCCUGCCCUCAGGGUAGCCCGGAAACCCAGCCUUUGGGCUAAAUUUUGCAGGUCACUGUACUUGAAGGAGUCCAGCUCCUCUGCAGAGGGGACGGUCAUCACAUUCUACAGUCCUGGCGACACCCAGAAAAGCAGCCAGACAACUCAAACAGCACCGAACAAAACUGGCAGCUGAGUCAUGUGCCGCUAAGAUGUUCUGCACUGCUGUUUACAUGGACACUUUGUGCGGGUGCUCUAAGUGCCUUGCGUCAGGGAUCAGGAUCAACUGAACCACUGUUGUCAGGGGACUGUAAAGCACGGAACUAUGAAUUGCUUCGGUAAUAACUGUUGUAGCCUUACCAUAGGCUUCCUUGAGUAGAGAAAUCCCUUUAAAUUAUGACUGGAGAAUGGGUGAGGGAUGAGUAGUAAAUGCUGAUGUCUCCUGCACAUGACAGCAUGGGAGUUUUUCACCGAGACUUUACAUUCACAUGAAGUCUUCAUGGUUUGACAAUAAACGUUAAGAGCGGCCAUACUUAAGGUGCAGACUUUUCUGUAGCAAGACUGAAUGUGUUCUUCCUUGCUUUAGACCUGAAGACAGUUUUCUUCCUAUUGUAUUUAACUGGUAGAAUAAUGCAUGAGAAAAAUCAUAAAAACUUGAAUAUUUUAUUUGUGCAGGUAUCUUUUUUUUUUUUUUUGGUUGUAUUUUUCGAGACAAGGUUUCUCUGUGUAGCCCUAGCUGUCCUAGAAUUUACUCUGUAGACUAUGCUGGUCUCUAAGUCAACAGUGAU